AUGCAAGUCUCUAUUAUCCUGAAAGAUGAACAAAUAAGUUCGAAAAUAUACAGAUACCUAAAAUGGCUUUCCAUCAAAUCGCAAGUUUUUGAAGACACACAGUCAAUGUUGAAAUGGUUUGAAGACAACGAAGAUGCUGACGACACAGUGGCAUUGAUUAACUCUAAUGUCAAUCCAAGUGACAUUCCCAAACACAUUGAGCCAUUGGUUAUUUCCGACUCCAUUGACGCAUCGGAUACUACUUUUGUACGCAUCAAUGGGAACGACCAAAACAUUGUCAUCAACCAUGUGACUAGUCACCUUCAAUCCAAGAUCAUAUAUUUUGCCCUUAACUUGAAUAAACGGAAAAGGGCUGUAUGGCUUUCUCGUCAUGGAGAGUCCGAGUUUAAUUUGAGUGGUCAGAUUGGCGGUGAUGCCAAUUUGUCGGAAAGGGGAUGGGCUUAUGCUCGUAAGUUGCCCCUGUUGGUUGAGAAAUCUUGUAACGGGGCCAAUUUAACUGUGUGGACUUCCACUUUGAGAAGGACCCAGCAGACAGCUUCCUUUCUUCCAUUCCAGAAAAAACUUCAAUGGAAGGCAUUAGAUGAACUAGAUGCUGGCGAAUGUGACGGAAUGACAUACGAGGAAAUUGAACAAAAGUUUCCCGAGGAUUUCAAAGCCAGAGACGAUAACAAGUACGAGUAUAGAUAUCGUGGCGGUGAAAGUUAUCGUGAUAUUGUUAUUCGUUUGGAGCCUAUUAUUAUGGAAUUGGAACGACAGGAAAAUAUCUUGAUUAUUACUCAUCAGGCAGUGUUGCGUUGUCUUUAUGCCUACUUCAUGAAUGUUCCUCAAGAGGAGAGUCCGUGGAUGUCGAUACCCUUGCACACCUUGAUCAAGUUGGAGCCAGGUGCUUUUGAAACUAUAGUUACACGAAUCAAGGCAGACAUACCCGCUGUCAGUACAUACAAAGAGAAAGGGACUUCUCAAUUGGGCGAAUCAGCAACCAACACCUCGAAAAGUAGAGAUUUAAUUAGCAAUAGUAGCUCAGUUUAA